AGGAUUUUCACACAGCAACUCAGGAGAAACGAAAUGAUCUGCCCUGGAGCCGCAGCAAAAUGCUGGAUGGACACCUACUCCUGGGAUGGUUAUCAUUCACAGUCAUAGUGCACCUCCUCAACUCGCCUGGACCAGCCGCGGCAUAUUUCGGGUUGACAGGUAAUGAACCGUUGUCUAUCCUGCCACUGAACUCUCUACCAGAGGAAAACAUGGGCAGGGCCCACUACAAGCUGUGCGACCGGCUCAAACUGGAAAAGAAGCAGCGCAGGAUGUGCAGACGAGACCCGGGCGUGGCAGAGACCCUGAGAGAGGCCAUCACCAUGAGCGCCCUAGAAUGCCAGUAUCAAUUCCGCUUUGAGAGAUGGAACUGCACCUUAGAGGGGCGCCACCGAGCCAACAUACUCAAGAGAGGAUUUAAAGAAACAGCCUUCCUGUAUGCCAUCUCUUCAGCGGGCCUAACCCAUGCAAUGGCCAAGGCUUGCAGCGCGGGACGCAUGGAGCGUUGCACGUGUGACGAAGCCCCAGACCUAGAAAACCGCAAGGCAUGGCAGUGGGGAGGCUGCGGGGACAACCUCAAGUAUGCCAACAAGUUUGUCAAGGACUUCCUGGGCAAACGCUCCAACAAAGACCUGCGUGCACGCGUGGACAUGCACAACACAAAUGUGGGCAUGAAGGUAAUCAAGGCUGGCGUGGAGACCACUUGCAAAUGCCACGGAGUCUCCGGCUCCUGCACCGUCCAGACCUGCUGGAGGCAGCUUCUGCCCUUCCAUGAGAUUGGCAAGCAGCUGAAGCAGCGCUACGAGACCUCUGUCAAGGUUGGCAGCUCCACCAACGAGGCAACAGGGGAGGGAGAGAUCUCCACAGGCCGCAGCCAGCAACAGCAGCAGCCGCAGCCGCAGGCGCAGGCGCAGCAGCAGCAGCAGCAGCCGCAGCAGACGCCCCAGCAGACGCCCCAGCAGACGCCCCAGCCCCUGCCCGGCCUAAAUGAUCAGAUCCCUCGCACUAUGGACCUGCUCCACAUCGAGGACUCGCCCAGUUUCUGUAGACCCAGCAAGUACUCGUCGGGCACGGCAGCACGCAAGUGCUACAAGGAUAAGAACUGCGAAGCCAUCUGCUGCGGGCGAGGCCACAACACUCAAAGUAGGGAGGUGACCAGGCCCUGCCAGUGCCAGGUGCGCUGGUGCUGCUACGUCGAAUGCAAGCAGUGCACACAGAGAGAAGAAGUCUAUACCUGCAAAGGGUAAACCAGUUGCCCGUCAGUCCCAGUGGAGCAGGUGAAAGAUGGCCGUGUUGAAGAGGAGUGGCUGUUUUGUGCUCAAACAAGGUUUUGCUUCCACUGUCAGAACAGUGUCUGGACAAACAAAGUCGAGCGAGCCGAUGGAGAAGCAAUAAGCACUUUGAGGGACUUCUGUGGGUUGGGGUUCAGAGGUCCUGUGACCCCCGUGUCUGGGGUUCGCAUCAUUUAAAACCUCCUCAGACAACUGGGUCGACAUCUCAAGCUUUUUGUCACGGUGUUGCCUUGAAAAGAGAAAGCUUUUAUUUUCCUAUUAACAAAGUCCAUUGCGUCUUCACACAAGCAAAGAGAUAUAAAUCAAAGAGUAGCAUCGAGUUAUUGAGGAUCCAGUUCAAGGACAGUAACACCAACAGACUGGUUCCUGGGGCCUUGCCCAAGAAGAAUGGUGUGUGUGUGUGUGUGUGUGUGUGUGUGUGUGUUUGUCAAAUUGUACGUGUGUGUAUGUGUGUGUGUACGUGAUAACGUGCUAGGUAACAAAAUAAGGAGGGGGGUUCGAAUGACGACUUUUAUGGCAAUGAAAACCAUAUUCAGAGACUGCGAAAAGAAGACAGGGUGUAAGAUUUACUCUACACGCACAUAUUUACACUAACACACAUUGUGUGUUUGCAUAUGUAUGUACAUAAAUUCAAUUUUAUUGUUAUGAUAUUAUACAAGCCACUUAUCUAACUAUGUUAAAACAAACCACUAACCACACAAAUGUAUGUUGUUUGUGUGCUUUCGCUCAUUGUUUUUUUUCUGCUCUUUAAUUAAUGUUGACAAGGCCCUUUGGAAAGCAGCACACUUCCGUCGUCAUGCUGUGGAUAAUUUAUAGAUCCUUUGGGACUACUCCUUCGCAGGGAGAAAAAAAAAACUCUUUUAUUUUGUAAUAUGAUAUGAAGUUGUUUGUAAAUGCAUUAACAGAAGACGACAAAACCAGCAUGUUUAGGCUAUUCUCGGCCUUGAGCAAACCAGUGUUCAGGGAAUGACUUAAACCACUAUAACUAUUUGGAUAAAAUAGAGAGAAAUAGUGCAAGUACAAAUAAUAUCCAAGUUGGAGACGACAAUGGCCUUGUUAUUUUAGCCAAUACCAUUGCAACAGGUGAUCACUUGACCAUGUGUGACUUAGAUCAAAAGUUGUGGAGCUCUGCAGAGCUGAAAUCUACUUACUAGGACUUUUUUUUUCUUUUCUUGUUAAACUUUGAAUACUUUGAAGUUGUAAAGAAAACUGUGGAGAACUGGUGGAAUGUAGCCCCCUCCCGUUCCACAUCCUUCUCCCCUCCUCAGCUGCCACAAUUUGAUUGAGCCAUAUUCAACAUGCAGACAUGCAGUAUGUACAGUACAGGGGGACCGGCUUCGGUCCGUCCAAACAAUACGGGGCAAGUGAGACGGAAAUCGAAUUUGCAGAAUUGCUCAAGUGAAGAUGAAAGCCUCAUGGCUGAUAUAAGUAUAUAUUUCACACGACUAAUAUUUGCUGAAUGUUUGUCUAAAUGCAAACAUUGUAGUCUUGCAGAUAUGGGGUCAUCACUCCGAAGUCAGAGUUUAGUAAAUUUGCUGCUUUGUUGAUGACACAGUGACACAGUUAACACAACACAGUUUACUGAACCCUGCCAUGAAGCUACAGAGACAGUUCAAAAUUGACGUUUUGGCAAAUAAAGUUGUUGUUUUCUUGCCAUGUUCAUGAUUGAAACCACUUCCAUAUCGGUCUGGUAAAUAUAAAUCUGUCUCUAGCAGCCAGUUAGCUUAGUUGAGCAUCACGAGCCAGGCUCUGUCGAACGCAACCUCCUGUAAAACUACAACUCGUCAUUAACAUGUUGGUUUAGUUUAUUCACAAAUUAAACAAAGUAGAUUCAGCGUGUUAAUCAUAGUGAGCUCUACAGGUGCAAGUGGGUGUAGUUUGUUAACUUGAGACGGACGAGACGUUUCCCUCCAUUUCCACUCUUUAUGCUCGGCUAAGCUUAUUGACUGCUAGUUGUGGUUCCAUAAUGACAGAUAUGAGAGUGCAAGAGCAUUUUUUUUCUCAUGUGAUUCCUAUUCCCCAUGUGACUCAUGGGAAGAAAGCAAAUGUGAGUAUUUCCAAAAAAUUGUCAAAUUAUUGCUUUAAGACAUGACCCUUAAGUUAAAGGUUUAAUUCAUGACGAAUGCCUCUGUACACACAAAUGCAGACAAUAAUAUCUCAUUGUAUUCUCAGCACUUAGCAUCUGGGAACAUUAUGUCAUAUACUAUAAGAUAUAGGACCUUAAAUGCCUUGUUUUCGAUGGGUGUGAAUUAACUACUGAGUAAGGGACCCAGCUUUGUAUCAUAGCGCCAUUCACGCACUGAAGCCCAACAGCCCUUUUAAAGUAUUUAAAGUUCUGUAUAGAUACAGUGCAGUGCAGAUUUUGUUUUCUUUUCUUUUUUUUUGUGGAAAUUGUAAAUAGCGAAGGUUUCUCCUCCUGUGGUAUAGAGACUUUAAGUAAGGCACAUGUUCAUCCCUCACAAACAAUUCAGACGGAAAUUUGUUGCAAUGAGAAAUGUUAGGGCAAAAACAUUCGUGGAAACAAACAACACACAGAUGCUGUAACAAGAGGGUUACAGACUGUACGUCAAUAUGUUGCAGCACCAUGCCAAACAUCAAUGACAAAACAAAUGGUUUAUAAAGAUGAUCAUUCGCGAUAGUUGAAAUGAAACCAUCAUCCCUUACUGCAAAAUAAUGCUUCAGGAAGAGAGCCUUGCUUGACUUAUUUGUCGUGAGGAGAUGAAUUCCAGGCAUUUUGAUAUGAGGAGGCAUGACAAAUAAAGACUGGUCAAAACAUAUACAUAGAACUUUGCACGCUACAUGGAAACCAUAAUAGCUAUGCUGCGACUCGAAGCAUAAAUGCCUGCUUCCCACAGCUUCUGGUGUGUGCGCUCUCCACACACACACACACACACACACACACACACACACACACACACACCACUCCUCGCUCUACUAUUGAAUGGAUUCAAAACAGACAUGACAGGAAUACCAAAUGCACACUGAGUGCAUUUUUUGUUUGUUUAUAGAUUGUACAUAGGACUGAAAUGUCUCCGGAGGAGCAUGAUGCAGCAGCCCGUUGGUUUUUAGAUGUCACAGCCGUCCACAUUCUCAAAUCCCAAACUCUGCACUGUUUAGUCGUCGGUGGAUCAUGUACAAAAUUCUAUUUUGUAGAGAAAAAAUAAAAGAUAAAUUAUUUUUAAAUAUAUUAUGAGCAUGUGUUUAGUGUAAAUAACGUCAAAGUCUAAAUUGAUUUUAUAUCCUGUAUUUUUUACUCUGUUUUUCUUUUGGGUGUUUGUUACUUUUGGGGUGGAGGCUUCAAGAAGCAGGGUAACUUUGAACAUAUUUCAUUUUCAUAUCUCGACAUUUGCUGUUAACGAAGCACUAACAAAUCCUGACAGAGUCACAAUCAACUCCCCCCUCGCUUUCUGUCAUUUAUUCACACAAUCAUGAGACAUUUCUGAAAGUAUUCAAACUAAAUCACAGUCAUCAACGAUAUUUUAUUUUUGUGAAAAGACUGGCUUUGUAACGUUGGCCAUGUUAUAUAGAAUGGACUGAUUAUGUUGAUGAUUGCAUCAGUGUGGACUGGUUUAUACUUGUUUGGAUCACUUUACAUGUACAUGUACUUUUUUUGUUAGGAUUUGUGCUGUGCCUGUAAAACAAAGAUAAAAAACACACGUAUUACCCUUUGUGAUGAUACUACACCAACAAUGCUUUGUCCAUGUUCACUUAUUCAUGUCUUAUGGGAACCUAAAUUAUUUUCCUCUACCUCAUGUGUAUAGCUUGUAGGUAUAAACAGAUCACAAAUGACUGGUAAGAAUGUAUUUAAGUUAUUUAACAUCUUUGUAUAACAAAGGCGAAAAAAAUCUGAAAUAAUAAAUGAAUUUUUAAAUUA